GUUCAUAAAAAAAAAUGUAAAAAAAAAGAAAAAUCAGCAUUCAGUUUUAUUCAAUGUCUGUAUUAAUAUGCAACUAAACUACGAAGAAGAUAAUAAGAAAAUUUCAUUCUUUGAAUUUAGGGUUUCUGUAUACGCCUGGAUUGUCUUAUUUAUCGAGGCAAAAUUGCUGCACUUUGCUCAUUCAUGGCCAAUUCUGAGGAUGGUGUGGAAAACAUUAAUCCAUCCUCAUUAAUCGAACAACUCGGAAGUACUUUACGUCAGCUGGAAGCGCGCAAGGAUGGUUCCGAAGAGCGGGUUCAGUGGACGGAAAUCGAACACCAUUUCCACAACCUCAAUGCUACAUUGAAGACAAAAUUUGAGGAGUUGGAAGCUAGAGAGAAGGAAUACAUGGAGAAAGAAGCUGAAACUCAUGCAAUGCUCACAGUCAGAGAGGCGCUUGUUGCUGCUAAAGAGCAGGAUUUUUACGAUCGAGUACAGGAACUAAAAGAUGCUGCUGUUGCUGUCAUUGCAGAAGCACGAGCCAAUCAUCAGCCGAUUAUGUUGGACUCCGUUGAUGGUGGCGACAACAAAGACAGCAAGGUAAGCAGCUCUCUUGGUGAUACAAAUUCCGCUGAGGAGUACUCUCCUUUUAAAAUGGGUGAAAGUGUGGCUGUUGAUGUUAAGCCAUGCCCAGAGCUGACGCAAUUUUGCGAGCGUAUGGAUGUAAAAGGGCUAUUGAAUUUUACUAUUGAGAAUCAAAAAAUUCUGUACGCCCUUCGUGAUGAACUUUCUGUUGCAUUAGAAAGUGUGAAUGACCCAGCCCGUUUAGUGCUGGAUUCGCUGGAGGGAUAUUAUCCUCCUGUUGAAACUACCCAACCAAUGGAUAAAAAGGAUGCUGCCCUUCAGGGCAUGCGUAAAUCCUGUAUAAUGUUUAUGGAAGCCAUGUCUGCCUUAUUGGCAAGAACUGACCCUGGUGCUGACCACCUUUUAAACCCUGAAAUAAAGCAGCAAGCCAAGGCAAUUGCUGAUGAGUGGAAGCCUAAGUUGGCUAGUGCAGGCACUGAUGCUCCCAAUGGAAAUUCAUUGGAAGCUGAUUCAUUCUUGCAGCUUCUCUCAACUUUUAGAAUUGCUUCGGAGUUUGAUGAAGAAGAACUCUGCAAGCUUGUACUUGUAGUUGCUCGCCACAGGCAGGCACCUGAGCUCUGCCGUUCUCUUGGUUUAACACACAAAAUGCCAGGUGUUAUCCAGUCAUUGGUUAACAGUGGGAAACAAAUCGAAGCUGUACGCUUUAUACAUGCCUUCCAGCUUACUGAAACCUUUCCCCUUGUGCCCCUACUAAAAACAUACCUGGAGGAUUUUAGGAGAAAUUCUCAAGGAAAGAGCGGGAAUUCCAGCGGUGCUAUCGGUCAGGAAGAUGUGGAUGCGCAAGAACUCGCAACCUUGAGGGCUGUUAUCAGGUGUGUCAAAGAUUUCGAGCUUGAAGCUGACUAUCCGCUCGAUCCACUUCAUAGAAGGGUUUCUCAAUUAGCAAGGUCGAAGUAUGAUAAGAAGAGGGGUGGAGGUUUCAACAGACAGCAACAACAAUCAAAGAAACCACGAGCUAGUGGAGGAGCUAGCAGAGGAUUUCGUGGAUUCCGUGCAUGUGCUUCCAAUGCACCUGCUGGUGGUGGGCGGCAAGCACCACCACCGCCUUUUGCUGAGAGAACACCAUACACAGGAAUUCCAGAGAGAUAUCUUCAUGCGGCUCAAAAUGUUUAUGAUCAUCAAAUUCCUACACAGUCCCCUUAUGGCCACCAGCCAACGACGGAGCAAAGAAUGUACCAUUAUCCUCAAGACUACCGAAAUCCGGCUGGAUCAUACGAUGCAUCUACAUCUAGUUACAGCAAUUAUAUGGGCCCAGGAGAUGCCUAUACCCGACAGCUACGUUACCUUUCGUCUAUUGGAGCUGUUAGAGUUGAAGACCGGUAGCUGCAUGUGGCAUGGACCGGAGACCAUGUGGCAUGGACCGGAGACCAGAGGUGGCUAUCGAGAAGAAGAAGAUAAUUUCCUCAUGUUUGUCGACAUGAUGAAUGCCAAAGGAGGUAUUGAGAAUGCAGGAGAGCUGGUAGAGCACAUUGACAGGAGGCAUUAGUUUUCUAGAUAAUUGAUAACGUAGCGAUGAAGCAACCUUCGAGAUGUUAUCACUACGUUAUUAAUAUAAUAUUAUACAAUGAAAGUUGGUAACGUAGACAUAAAUAUUUCUUGUGGUUUAUGCAUUUGAUAAACAUUAUUAAGGAUGGAGCUUUAUUAGAAUCUUUGUAAAUUUAGAAUUAUAAUUUGAUGUACUCUUUAUAAUGAAUUUAUAAUGUAUUGAUAUUAUGUGUUUAAUUAUGUUUUUUUUUGAAA